AUGUUUAAAGCUCUGAUCACAGGAGGAAGUCCGCGUGAAAACACUGAAGCUGCAACCACUGCUCUGUUGCAUAAGCUGGCCCCGUCCAAAAGGUUUUCCAAGAAUAUGAAAGACACAAGCAACACUCAUCACGGGCCCGAUAAAGCCCGGCCCAAGGAAGAAGAUGUAACACUCAAGAAGACGACGAGCAAAGUCCAUCCCAAGAAGAAGGCGACUACAGAGCCCGACUUCUCGAUUUAUUCAGAGUAUGUAAAGGAAGCCGGGACUUGGGACAUGAGGGCUAAGAUGCCCGUUGUGUUUUGUGAUCGAGUUUGUUUUUAUUAG